UCCAGGGAACAUCCAGGGAGUAUCCAGGGAGCAUCCAGGGAGUAUCCAGGGCUGGAGUUUGCCAUGAAGGUCACCCUGGUGCUCCUGGCGCUGGCAGCUCUGUGCCUGGCAUUUUCCACUGCAGAUGCUGCCACAAAGGAUGAGGUGGAUUGCAGCGAGUACAAGAGGCUGGAGAGGGGGAGACCCAUUUACUGCGAGAGGCUCUACCAGCCCUUCUGCGGCUCUGAUGGCAAAACCUACAACAACAAAUGUUCCUUCUGCAAGGCUGUGCUGAGGAGCAGAGGAGCCCUGCACAUGAAGCAGGUGGGAGCCUGCUGAGAGAGCUGUGCUGCCAGUGCUGAGAACAGCUCCACAUUCCCUGGAUUUCCUCCAUCCAGCCCG